UCUUAAACCUUCAUUUAAAUUAAAAGACUAUAAAUAAGCGGGUUUAGCUUGUUUCCCUUUUUACUGUUUGUUGUGGUACUACUAAUACCAGCUUUAUAGCUAUUAUUUUAGCAAUGCCAGAGCCCUCCAAGUCUGCUCCUGCUCCUAAGAAAGGGUCUAAGAAGGCCAUCACAAAGGCGCAGAAAAAGGACGGCAAGAAGCGCAAGCGAAGCCGAAAAGAAAGCUAUUCCAUCUAUGUAUACAAGGUGCUGAAACAGGUCCACCCGGACACCGGCAUCUCGUCCAAGGCCAUGGGCAUCAUGAACUCGUUCGUCAACGACAUCUUCGAGCGCAUCGCGGGGGAGGCGUCUCGCCUGGCGCAUUACAACAAGCGCUCGACCAUCACGUCCCGGGAGAUCCAGACGGCCGUGCGCCUGCUGCUGCCCGGGGAGCUGGCCAAGCACGCCGUGUCCGAGGGGACCAAGGCCGUCACCAAGUACACUAGCUCCAAGUAAGUGCCUAGUAAGGCACCUUUUAAUACAAAGGCUCUUUUCAGAGCCACUCACUUUGUCAAGAGAGAGCUGUUAACUCAUUUGUGGUCUCAUUGCUUGGUUUAGCUUUUAAUUGGUAUUUGGAGCAGGUUCAGAUGUCUUUGUCUUUAGCAUCUCACCUAAGGUCCAAAAGCACAUUUGUUGUAAAACCAUUUUUUCUUGAAUAUACCUUAGGGUGCUUUUUGAAUAAGUGACAAGCACUUUCUGAUGGAUGAGUGUAAUUUCCUUACAGACAAUGGUUGGAGGAUUACAUGGGAGAGGAGUCACUGGCCCUAUUUCACAAGCAUGGAAAGUGAGUUGCAGAGGGCAGGAAUGUGACGAUUUUUAUUCCUUGGAGCUUGAAGUACUAUGCGAAUUCUUUACGCUUUAUUGUUGAGGUUCUCUUGGGCACCUCGAUGAAGUAUACCUGCAGCUCUUAGAACAAGUAAAUGCCUGUAAUUUUAUUGAUAACCUAAAUGCUUUUCGAAUUUUUCUUGCAUCCCAGAAAUCAUAAGCUAUACAACUACUAUAAUUCGUUUUCAAACUUUUCUUGCAUCCCAGAAAUUAUGGGCUAUUUAUGUCAGGGUUUAGGGUAGAAUAGGUCGUUGAUGUUGGCUAGAGCUCCAAGAGGGACAAUGGGUUUGAAUUUCGCGCCCUUAUCUGGCGCCACUGUUGUAACUAACAAGGAGGGCCUCUGCUGGAGAAGACUAGAGGUUUUCCUCUGUAGGCUUUUAUUUUUUCGGAGGUGGAGGUGGAAAGAAUCUGGGACUCCAGCAAUUAUUGCUAGAAAUAAGUAAAGGCCUUGCUUGAGAAAGGAGCAAAUAGAGCA